CUAUGACCUCCACUGUAGUUGACUGCUGAUAUCUGUACCUACAAAUCUAAUAGGUUCACUCCAGUGGUUACACCAGUGUAAACAUAAUACAUUUUUCAUCCAUACUCAUUAAUUCAUAAUUUUACACACUUCUCUUGAUAAAUACCUCAGAUGUGCAAGUGUUUUAUCCAUCAAUCAAAUUGACCCAAUACUUUUUCUAUCUAAGACAGCUGUGGGUGGGGAGCUGUUGAGCCUCUUGCAUAGGGCAACAGAAAAGGAUUCACAGGGAAGCAAAGCUUAAGGGAAGGGACCUGGAGUGAGCCCCUCUAUCCGCUCUGGAGGACGGGCCCUUAAAAUAAGGAUGACUGCCCUGGUUUGUCUCUGCAUGGCUGUGAUGGGAGACCACCAGGUAAGAUCAGAAUAGGAGGCUGAACUGGGAAGCAAUUCCAACAAAUCAACCAUGGUUAGCUACAUCAGUAGAUAUAAGGUAUCUUGCCUCUGUUAUCUCUAGGUGCUAAAUAAUAAGCGAUAAAUACAUCAAUAUGUGAAUAAAAAAUAGUCUCUUAAUACAUACAUUAAAAUACAUUAAAAUGGGUUGUCCCAAGUCAACCAGCAGAUAAUCACAUCAAUAAAUUGCAAGGCAUAAUGGCCACACUGUGUUAAAUAAUAGCAAUAUACCAAUACAUGAAUACAUAUACAUAUCAAUACAUAUAAAGGUAGUCCUGGAGUCCACUUAGAAUUCAUCCAGCUGCCCACUUCCAUCUCCAUGGCGUCCAAGGAAGGGGCGGCCUAGAGGUCCCCAUACCAGGGCUGACCCAAUGCUGGCCUCCGGCCAAUCCCUGGCCUUAGGAGCUGGGCACAGAGCCCAGGGACAUGGGGCAGCAGAAAUCAAAGACCAGGCUUUGUAAGCAAAGGAUCCUCAGUGAUAGGAUGGGAGACCACUAGGAGAGGGGAAGGGGGUGGCGAGAGGGCAAUGGGGCUGCUGGUGGGCUACUGCUAAGGCAGGGCUUCCCUCAGACCCUCCCUCUCCUUCUUUUCUUCCUUCCUUUGUCAAGAAGGGACAAACAGAGGGUGAGACCACGACCCAAGACAGGAAACCACCACCAGGGGUCGGGAGGAGGGGGAAGGGGAAGAUUUCAAUGCAGACAACAGUCUAAGCUCCUUCCCCGAUUACUCUCCUUGCCUGGGGAGGAGGGGAAGAGAGGGGGAAAGGGGUCGCUCCGGAGGAGCCUGGCGAGAAGAAUUAGGAGGGCCUCGCUGUGGCUGCGUUCACACAAUAGGCGCAACCAGGUCGUUCGCAGGCUGAAGGUCGCUGUCCCUGGUCCCACGGAUUAGGCUCCGUAUUGUGGGCAAAGUUUGCCUAGACGCCUCUCUCUUGCCGAGACGUUGCAGUUUGUGCAACAGACAGUGCAGUUUCACCCUCCCCUCCACUUCUGUUGCUGUUUCCAUUGGUUUGUUUAAGGCUUAGGGCGUGGCGGAAAACUUAGAAAUCUGAGCUCCGUCGGUGGACGGAGAUGCUUUCAGCUUCUGGGCGCGAGGUCUUCGGUGCGGGGGGGGCGGAGGGCCACGUGGUCGGAGGGCGAUGGAGCUGUCCUGGGCGCCCCUCUGGCUCCUGUGGGCUGUGUUGGAGUCCUCCGUGCCGGGGAGCCGCUGCGGCUCCCCCAGGCACUCUUUGUGCUAUUCCUAUCUGAGGGUGUCAGAAUCCAGCCAGGGACUGCCGGAGUUCCUCUCCAUGGUCCACCUGGAUGAUCAGCCCAUCACUCAAUAUGACAACAACACCAUGAAGAUGGUACCCUGGUUGGAGAUGGUGGAUACAACGAUCCUCGUGGCCCUUGAAAGGGUGUUUGGGGCUGACCUGGAGUGGCUAUCAAAACUCAACCACAAGGCUGGAGGGCUUCACACCUGGCAGGUGAGUCUGGGCUGUGAGCUCAAAGAAGACGGGAGCAAAGGAGGGUUUUUGCAUUAUGGCUACAAUGGGAUGGACUUCAUCAGCUUCGAGAAGGAGACCCUGAGAUGGGUGACAGCUCAGCCCCAGGCCCAGAAGGUCAAGGAGAAGUGGGAAGAUGAUACAAGGAAGUCCCAGAGGAAUAUAAUCUACCUGGAGGAGACCUGCAUUAACAUGAUGCAGAAAUACCUGCCUUACCAGAAGGAGGCUCUUCUUCAGACAGAGCCCCCCGUGGGGAAAGUGACUCACAAGGUGAUGGACGACAGCCUGGAGAUCCUCAUCUGCCAGGCCUUUGGCUUCUACCCCAAGGAGAUCCAGGCCACCUGGAUCAGGGAUGGAGAAGUCUGCCACAAUGAGACCCUCCAUAGGAACGUGGCCCCCAACUCAGAUGGGACCUAUUAUGUCCAGCUCAGCAUUGAGAUCGACCCCAAGGAGAGGGACCACUUUCGGUGUUACCUGGAGCACGAGGGCUUGCAGGAGCCCCUGGUCUUGUCCUGGAAGGAGGAAACAGAACGGCUGUUAUUUCCUUUGGUGAGAAUUGUGAUUCUUAUAAUCUUGAUACCUGUGACUCUCUGCCUGAUUGGUAAGCAAAAUACAUCUAUUCACCCCAAAUCCUGUGUAUUUCUGUGUUGAUGGAUCUAGUGUGAU